UCUGGGAGUUGAAGUCCACAAGUCUUAAAGUUGCCAAGGUUGGAGACCCCUGCUGUAGAUGACCAACUGAGUGAAUAUUGUAAAGUUGAGAGGGAGGCUCAACUUUUUAUAUCAUGGACCAUAAUCGUAGUUAUGAUGCAAAACUGGCAUUUGUACAUAAGAGGAGAGGUCAUAGCUUCCUUCUAAAACACAAACUUCACAUGUAGAAAGUUCCAAGUUCAAUCACUGCAUGUUCAGGAAAGGCUUUUGGCAGAGAGGCAGUCAGGAUAAAACUAAGCAAAAAGAUCUGAACAAUUAUAAUCUAUAAGCAAGGUGUAUGUGAUCUUCUAGAGCAGAGGUGUCAGACUCGCAAUGACACAUUGUCACCAUGUGAUGUAUCGCAACUUUUUCCCCCUUUGCUAAACUGGGCAUGGGCGUGGCCCACACAUGAGGUAUCCAGCUGCGAGUUUGACACCCCUGUCCUAGAGACAACAGAGCUGAGAAUAUGGGACUCUUUUCAGUUUGAGGAGAUAAGUGUCCUGCAUGUUGUCCCUUAGCAGUGUGUAAUUCCCCCGCCCCCCCCCCCACACACACUCAAAAAACUAAAAGAAAACAAGCUAACUUUGUUCAAGAACUUUUAAGUCGCUGUAAGAAUUUUGCAUUUUUAGUCCCACCAGAAAGAUAAGAGGUGAAGAGAAAUGACAUAAUUUACAUUCCAGCCUUCGGGGGGCAAAGAAAGCUGGGGGGAGAAGUUGGGGAAACCUGAAAAGGAGCGAUGCCUAUUACUCAGAGGAGGCAGUCUACUAACAAAAGCCUUGUGUCACAAUUCACACAUCAUCAUGUUGCUGUGUUCCUCCUCACUUUCUUCAGCUACUCUCUUCUCCAUGCCUCCCGAAAGACCUUUAGCAACGUCAAGGUCAGCAUCUCCAGCCAAUGGACCCCCUCUUGCUUUAAUGAUUCUGCCUUCAUUCUUCAACCAUAUGAGCUUUGGAACAGCAGUCAUCUAUUUCCUAAUGCUGAAGAAGCAACAUUAUUUCUUGGAACAUUGGAUACCAUCUUCCUGUUUUCUUAUGCUGUGGGCCUGUUUGUUAGCGGUAUUGUUGGGGAUCGCUUGAACAUGCGCUGGGUUCUGGCAUUUGGGAUGUGCUCCUCUGCCUUAGUGGUGUUUGUGUUUGGCACUGUCACCGAAUGGCUGCAUUUCUACAACAAGUGGUUCUACUGCUGCCUGUGGAUUGUGAAUGGCUUGCUGCAGUCUACGGGCUGGCCCUGUGUGGUAGCUGUUAUGGGAAACUGGUUUGGCAAAGCUGGGAGAGGAUUUGUUUUUGGACUCUGGAGUGCUUGUGCAUCAGUGGGUAAUAUCCUUGGAGCGUUUCUUGCCUCAUCGGUUCUGCAGUAUGGCUAUGAGUAUGCCUUCUUGGUGACAGCAUCAGUACAGUUUGCUGGAGGAGUUAUUGUCUUUUUUGGCCUUGUGCUUUCUCCCAAAGAAGUAGGCCUCCCUGAAAUUGGAAAAGAAGGGGAGGGUGAAGCUGCUGAGGAAGAUGCCACUGAGCCAUUAAUUAGCAGCCACGAGAAUGAAGAUUUCGAUAAGCAGAAUUACACCCUUCAGGCAUCAAACCUAAGCAGUGGUACAAUUGCUCCAUCCCAGGCCAUUGGAUUUUUUCAGGCGUGCUGUCUGCCUGGCGUAUUAUUGUAUUCCUUGGCCUAUGCUUGCCUGAAGCUAGUGAACUACUCCUUCUUCUUCUGGCUGCCCUUCUACCUCAGCAACAAUUUUGGUUGGAAGGAGGCAGAAGCCGACCAGCUCUCAAUCUGGUAUGAUGUUGGAGGCAUUAUAGGUGGUACCAUCCAAGGUUUUAUCUCUGAUGUGCUCCAAAAAAGAGCUCCUGUAUUAGCUAUUAGCCUCAUCUUGGCUAUUGGAUCUCUCUUUGGAUACAGCCGUUCCCCAAAUAACAAACCUAUCAAUGCAGUUAUCAUGGCAAUUACAGGCUUUUUUAUUGGAGGGCCUUCCAACAUGAUCAGCUCCGCCAUUUCUGCAGACCUGGGACAUCAGGACGCGAUCAAAGGAAAUAGCGAGGCUCUUGCAACCGUGACAGGGAUUGUGGAUGGCACUGGCAGUAUUGGGGCCGCUGUGGGUCAGUACUUAGUAUCUUUGAUCCAGGAGAGGUUGGGAUGGAUGCAAGUUUUCUAUUUCUUCAUUCUGAUGACCAGUUUAACGGUGGUCUUCAUCAUGCCUUUGAUAGUGAAAGAAACCAACAUGCUCCUUAACCAGAGGCGCUUGCGCAGAUCGGACUUGCUGAGAAAUGGCCGCCGACACGUUCAUCGCUGAAAGGCUGUCAUCUGAAUCCCAUCCGAAGAUCAUGCUAUGGAAACCCACAACUGGGAAAGAGCUGACUGCGCGCUUGGAAGGCUUAGUUGAGUGUAAGAGUGAGAGAUGCUUCCUCUUUUGAUUUUUACCUCUUUGUUUCCAAGGCUUGUUGAUGCGAUUAUCCAGAUCAAAUGAUAACACGUUGGGCUUGUGUGUGGGAGAAAGGUUUCUUGAAAGCAGAAUGUGAUUGUGCCUAGAAAAAGCGUUUGUAUAGUAAACCCUUGAUUUAAUGGAUAGGGGCCCGGGGAAAGGGGGUGUCUCUUAAAGCUGAAUGAGAUUGUUCGAGGCCAAAAUGUACCCAUACAUGAAAUUAUUUUAAUAAUCAUAAGUGUUCGGUGUCGCCUUUACCUACGAAGCCAUUGGUAAAAGCAUACCUGAAAGUACAAAACAUUUACACCCUGUCUUACAAAAUAUAGUCACCAACUCUUGUAAAAAAGUUCGAGAUAGCCACUAACUGACCAGGUAAUUAUUUAUUAACUAUUUUUUUUAUUAAAAAAAACAAAUUAUGGAUAUGCAGCAGCAGAAAACAUUGCCCGACCUGACUUGAUCCAUUGUUUGGGAUGGAUUCUGACAAAAAAUUCAGACAAAAAAUCCAGAUCCAACUUAUUUUGUCCGCUGCAUUCGAGAUCCAUUAAACAGAGGAUUUACUAUACUUGCUUUCUUCCUAUUGUGCUCAUUUAUUGGUGGCAAUCUGGAGGUCUGCCAGAUGUUUUAAAACUUUAGGUUCCUUUGUGUCUCCCCAUUGGGCUCUGCUGGCUAGGGCUGAUGGGAAUCGGAGUUCAGCAGAAAGAGGGGAGCCACUUUACCCCUCCUAAUGCCAAAGGAAGAUAAUGUUAUUUACAAAGGGAGAAAUCCUUCAGAUACGUUGUCUUUCCACCCCCACCCCCCCACUUGCAAACCGGAGUGGAAUCAUCAAGGAAAAAAAAAAAGCUUCGCCAGCUGAUAGCUGGUGCCUUUACACAAACCGGCCCUUGUAUAAUUUCCUUGUACUGUAAUAAGUUUGGAUCUUUGUGUUGUAAUCCAGGCGCCAAAAAAAAAAAAAAAGCUGCCAAACAGAUGAAACAGACAGUGCUCUUUGCAUUUUUACUUUGGUGAAAAGGAAAGGCAUUUCCAACUAUUUGGUAUCAAAAGAACGUUUCAGAGUAGCCUGGGCCAAUCCACUGCUGGUUUUUGCAAGCUUUUUGGUAGCUCCCUAACUACAUAUAUUUUUUUUAUUUAAAAAAAAAAUAUACAACAGGGUACUAUUAAAGCAGCUGAAAUCCUUGGUGUCCUUAUGUAAAAAGAACAUUUGUAGGGUGUUUGUUUGAUCUCCAAAUAUUUGUCCUAUCCAGAUGUUCAUGUUAAUUUAACCUUCUCUCUCUCUCUCUCUAGCAGAGCAACUGCAUUCCGUACUUGAUUUUUUAUCUUCUCUUAACUGUCUAAUAUGUGAAAACAAGCUGAGUCUCUGGAGAUGUGCAGAGCCAACUAUUUUAUAUGGAGGGGUAGUAAUCACAGUUUUACCAGGAUCUUUACAUUUUUAAUAUUUUUAAAAAAUAGAUUUGAGAAAAUGGGAAUAAAAGGGAAUAAUUAUCAUCAUUUGAGAUUGUUUACUAUAUCUCCUUUACUGGAGAUCACUGUCACUUACAGAUAGGCGGAGACCUCUUGAUUUCUUUUUAAGGGCUUCACCAAGCCUGAACCUUCUUUCCUUCCUUAAGACCCUAUAACUGCAAUCUAUGAUCCUCACCAAAGGCACUCUGUGGGCAGAGCUGGCCAUUACAUAAUGUGCAUAGCUACUCCCUGCACCCCACCCCCCAAAAAAGCAAAGUUGCAUUGGUUACUUUCUCCCCUUGUCUUUAGCCUCUAGAUCAGGGGUAUCAAACUUGAUUUCAUUGAGGGCUGCAUCAGGGUUGUGUUUAACCUUAGGGGGCCAGGGUAGGCAUGGCUUGGGUGGGCAUUGCCAGAGUGUCGGGGGGCACCUGUGGUGGCUCGAGCGCUCUCCCAGCGACAACGCUCCUGAAUGCCAUUUUCGGCUCCGAUGGCCUCCUGCAACCCUCUGCCAGCAAAAAUGGAGCUGGGGGGGGGCACAUGCAGAGGCACCAUGGGCCGGUCCUUUGCUGUUUUCAGGGCAGCCCCGUGGCCCAGAUCCAGGGGUGAAAUAUUCCCAGUUCGCAUGAUCCGGUAGCGAUUGCGGCAGGUGGUUCAGAGAACCGGUAGCGAUGGCGGCACGAAGCUCCGCCCACCCACCUGGGUGUUGUUACUUCCUGCUUUUAAAAGGUAAAAAAAAGGCUCUGAUGAUCGCGCACCACAGCUCUGAUCCUCAGAGCCUUUUUUUAACCUUUUAAAAGCAUUUUUUUACAACCUAUUCGCCCGAGCCAGUAGUAACAAAAUGCUUUUAAAAGGUUAAAAAAGGCUCAAUCGUAGCCUUUUUUUUAAAUAAGGGUAGGGUUGGGGAAUCUGUUUUUGCUCCCAGCAGGCUUUCUGUCUUUUGAUCCCCAGUCACAUGGUUACAUAGCCACGCCCACCCAGUCAGAUGACACCUCCCCCCCACCCCCCCCAAGCCACACACACAGAACUGGUAGGAAAGAAAUUUAGAUUUCACCACUGGCCAGAUCUAAAUACCCUAUGGGCCGGAUCUGGCCCCCUGACCUUGAGUUUGACACCCAUGCUCUAGAUCACCUUAAUCCAAAUUGAGGAAUCAUCAUGCCAUGAAUAAAUGCCUAGAAAUAUUUGGUAUAAUGAGGCAAUUUGAACUAGAAGAUGAUCUUGAGAAAGCAAGACUCAAAUUUAGGGCUGCACUUUCGAGCACUUGUCUUACAUAUUAGUGCAUGGGUCUGCCUUACAAGUUCAGUGAUGUUGAGUUGGAUCAGAUAGUAUCUGUCUUAUCCUCAUCUUUCUUUAGUACAAGAUGCAUUUUCACAUAUUUUGGAAAUUUCCAGACAGGAACAUAUGAACAAGUGCUGUACUCAGUGGUUACCCCAAAAUUAAAUGCAAAACGUUUUAUUUUAAAUAGCCCAAAUCUUGUAAAAUCCAUAAAGUGUAUAAGAUCAUGGUCUUUUUUGUUCAAAUUAUGUAAGAUUCUGGGCAUUUAAAAAAAUAUUGUUUUUAGCACCUCUGACGCAGCACUUGUUCUUGGGAUAACAUCUCCUGCCAGAAAGCUUGCUCAUUCUGUUGUAGAGUGUACACUUGUGCAAACUGAUGUGCAUCAAGCAGUUCAGACCCCAGUUUUUUUUAAUGUGGAGUAACUAUGGUGUUAUCCUGUGUUUAUGUAUUCCUCAAUUGCGUACCCGCAGGCCUUAUUCCUUAUGCCCCCACUUGAAUGUUUAAUAAACAGGGCAUGCUCUGGAUUUCCCACUGUACAGAAGGGAUGGAUUUUUGCAGCAUUAUUGCCUGAUCUAGCCGGUGACUCUGUAGUUCAAAACAGUGGAAAAAAUUGGGCAUGUAAUCUUCAGCAGAGGCUCAGAGAUUAUACCGUACUAACUGGGUUCAAACAGCACACUUAUCUAGAUUCAAACAUGUCUGCGAACGAUGAAAGCAUCCCGAUGUUACCCUUUUUCUGAAAGUUCACUGUGCCAUUGCCUGCAUGCAGCUGAAACUUCAUUUUUCUGAGUCAAUAUGUUGUACAAACAUAGCCCUUUAAGUUAGCUCACAGUUCAGUAUAUUGUGGGAACUCAGAAAACUGGUUAAUUUAAAAAUGAAGUAAAGGUUUUUUUUAAUACAAAUCCCGCCAAGAACUGAAAAUCAGAUUAAAACCACAAAAUGAGUUUCUUUAGGGUGCUGGGAUCCUCAACUCAGUGUUCAAAAACUGCUUUUUAACCUGCUGACUUCAAUGUCAUCUUGACCCUAAAUUUCUAAUGUUUCGUUGUUAUUGAGAUUGAGAUAAAAAGAACACUAAGCGAGUUGUGAAUUUGAGGGGAAGAAAUUCUUGUUUUUGUUUUUUUUAAAAAAUAUUUUAUAUGUGCUUAAUGGUUUCUUUUUUAAAAAAUGUAUAUGUUCAUGUAGAUUUUUAAAAUCACAUUGUGGCUGCUGUAAGUGAAAAUUUUUGAUAAUUUAAGAGCCUUUUAAUUGUGUUGGUUUACUGUUUCGUGUGUUCUUUUCCUGUCAUGCUGCUCUAUUCCACUGUUCACAAUACACAAUAGCCUAAUUUAUGAGCAUUAAAAAAAACAAACCAGUUCCCAACAUCUUUACUUUUAAAUUAGAAAUCUACUCCAAGAGCAGAAAAAAAAAUUACGGUAAAAACAAAUUUUACUUUCCUUUUUUUCUUUCUUGCUCUUUUCUACUAAGUUGUGGCAUCAACUCUUUCGUGGUUUACCUUGAAAAGAGACCGGCCCACAACUGUGGACUUUCAUUUUUUUAAUCAUUAAAAGUACUUCCUUAAAAAUUAUGCUUAAAUGAUUUGAAUUAAGCACCAAAGCAUGGUAUUGAACUCUAGCCCUGCCCUAGUUAAAGCAGCUUUUCCGGAUUCGGGGACAUAAUCACUUUUCUCACUUCUGGUUGGCUUGAUGGGAGGCAGCCAGAAAGACCACCCUUCCUGCAUAUUUUUACCAUGAGAGAAGAACAGGAAACUUUAUAAUCACAUCCUUGAAUCGAAAUGUGAGAGCUCAGUCUAUGGAUUUCUUGGCUGACUGAAAGUGAAGACGGGCCAACACUCUGAAGCAGCAAUCACCCGAUCGGGCACCUUUGAACUGUUAGACUAUGUCUCCCAUUGUCUCCAGCCAGCAUAGCUGAAAGUUAUGUGAGCUGCAGUUCAAUACAUAACAGUAUGGAAGGUUCCAGGUUUGCCAAAGUCUGUUCCAGGGUAUGGUAGAAUUGGUUAUAAUGCAGAUUGCCUUCGUCUGAAAUACUGUUAUGUGCAUGGAAUGGCAACUCCUGUAUGUUCAAACCAUUUCUACUACAUUGGGAAUGCUUGUUUGCCUUUUGCCUGGGUAGCUGUUAACGUUAAUAGAAAUUGUUCAACUUAGCAAACACAAUAAAAACAUAUACAGAAUUUUCUUUGCAAAGAGCCAAUUUCGCUGCCUGGAAUCAUGUGUUUGAGAUGGGCAGCCAGAAUGAAUGAAUGAAUGAAUGAAAAAAAAAUAAAGGCUGUCAGUAACAAAUUCUUCAUGGGGUGCUAUGAAAUAUUCUGUACUUGGUAAUACUUUCUCUUUCUAUUGUAUAUAUUUCCACUUAAAUUCUCUGUGAAAGUAAGUAGGGGAAAAAGACAUGCUGUCAACUGUCCAAUUGAGUUUGAUUUUAUUAAAUUAUUUUUGGCAACAGAAA